AUGAAUUUUGAAUUAUUACCCAAUGAAAUAAUACUUGAUUCAUUCGAAUAUCUCUCUCUUAUUCAUCUUUAUCAAAGUUUCUUUGGUCUCAACUCGCGUUUUAACAAAUUACUUUGUCAACAAUUUCAAAAAUUUCAUCUCGAUUUACGAUUAACAUCAAAAAUAAAUUUUCAUCAAGUAUGUCAAAAUUAUGUUCUACCAGUUAUCGAUCGAAUUAUUUCUCUUUAUCUUUCAAAUGAUGAUAAUACUCCACAACAAAUUGAACAUUUUCUAUCUCAUAAUUAUCAACUUCGUCAAUUUAUAUCUUUAAAAUCAAUAUCAUUAUCAUGUCUUAGAUCUCAACGAACACUCAAUCAAAUAAUGGUUGAAUGUUCUUAUCUUCCUUGUCUUACCCAUCUUACUUUGACUGAGAAUCUUGUAUCAAUGAGUGAAAAUGAUGCACAACGUUUGUUUGAUCAUAUAUGGAGUCUAUCAAAACUAACUUACUGUUAUCUGGAUAAUUGUUUUGUUGAUGAAAAUUAUUUUCCUAAUCCAACAGUUAUAUCUACAUCACUUAGACAUUUAAAUAUUCGAAAUAUGACUUGUUCCUUGUCUACACUAACUCGUUUAUGUCAAUGCACACCUUAUCUUCAAUAUCUUUCAAUCAUGUUUUAUGAUGAUUCUGAUCAAUUGAACUCCUCAUUAUUACCUAUUCUAUCAAUUACUCGAUUAAAUAUUUCCUUCGAAAGUUCUAUAAUUAUCUUACAACAUCUUUUACAAAAUAUGCCUAAUUUAUAUCAUUUAACGAUAGAAACAUAUUACUUCAUUUUAAAUGGAAAUCAAUGGAAAGAAAUGAUUAAUAAAUAUUUACUUAAAUUAAAAAUCUUACAAUUUAAGACAAGUUCUGUAGCUACUAGCGAAUAUGGAGAGAUUCAAUUCAAUGAAAUCCUUGAUUCAUUUCGAACAAAAUUUUGGAUUGAUGAACAUCAAUGGUUUGUUCAAUGUCAUUUGUUUCGUCAAGAUAAACCAGAUACACGCUAUUAUAUUAAUAUUUUUACUUUACCAUAUACAUUUAAAGAUUUUCCUGAUGUUACAAAUUGUAUACUAUCAAAAUUGACUUGUCCAUAUGAUAAUGAAUAUUUGACAUGCGAUCGUGUGAUUAAUUUACAUUAUAGAUCUUCACAUUUUACAGUUUCGAUCCUAUCUCAUGUUCGAUUUUGUAAUAUUCAGUCUCUUUCAUUAUCAUUACCAUUCCAUGAUUUAUUUUUAUCAAUAGUUUGCAGACUUGAUCGACUCAUUUCACUCACCGUUUCCAUAAGUGAAAAUGAAAACCAUAGUAAUAUUCAGUCACAACUACAACUCUUACUUGAUCGGGCAGUUCGUCUUCAUUCAUUGCGUUGUUUUUAUUGGCCAUUAUCCAAUCAUCAAUUAUUACUGAUGGAAAUUACAAGUACUUCGAUUCGUCGAUUGGAUUUACAAGGUCACAACUGUGGUUUUGAUGAGGAACAAUGUGUACAACUGAGUCAUUCAUCCUUAGGUAUUCAGUGUGAAACACUUUUGAUUAAAGUUAAAAAUCGAAGAAAUAUACUUAAUCUCGUGAAUAAUAUGUCUAAUCUUCAAGCGUUAAAUGUUCAAUGUCUAGAUGAUAAUUGGACAGAAGAAAAUGCUUUAACAUCAUCGAUAGAUGAUGAACUUGUCGAAUGGUUACGCCAACAAUUACCGUCAACAUGUACGAUAAUGAGAGAUACGUUUCAUGUUCAUGAUAUUCGAUUAUGGAUUCGUUGA